GCAUGCGUCGUCCUUUCCAUUGCACUUAAAAAUUUAAAGGUGCAUAAAAAAUAAAACUCCUUCGCGCGACGCGCAUGUUUUCUUCUUCUUUCAGUAGUUUCAGUCAGUCGCUGGGGUUUUGUCCUGAGUUCCGAAAGAGAGGAGAGGUUCAGUCAACUGUCAAUUGCCGGUGCGAAAACAACAUACAGCGGUGUUCGAGUGCCUUAGAAAUGGAUUUAAACUGAAAAAAUAAUGAUUAGGGCCGUAAUCUUGAAUUAAAGUCGUUCGUUAUGGCUGUGAUACGUAGGACUGGACAGUUUUCGUUCGGAAAAAUGCACUUAUUGCAGGGUAUUUUGUUGUUUUUCGUGGUAUGUGGGGUUGUUACUUCUCAAGAGACAAGGAGUUGUGAUUCGGCGAGAAAGGAGAUCGUGGAGAAAUUGAAAGUACAGCCAAUAAAAAUUCCUCAGGUUCCUCAAAUCGGUGACUUAUGCGGCCAAUCGUGUUGUACAAAGGAUGUAGAAAGAGAAGCUUAUAAAUUCAAUCAACUAUUUGUAGAUAAAUAUAUUAAGAAUUCGAUAUCAAAGAUAUCAUCUAUCAUUGAAACAAGGGCGAGGAGGUUUGAUGACCAAUUCCAAGGCAUGAUGAAAACAUCAAAAAAAGAAUUCCACGAGAUGUUCCAACGAACGUACGGCAAAAUCUACCUUCAAAAUUCGGACGUCUUCAGCGACUUCUUCAGCGAACUAGAAACCUACUACAAAAAAGGCUCCGUUAGGCUUUCCGAAACCAUGGACACCUUUUUCGGCAUCCUCUACCAAAGGAUGUUCACGGUGAUCAACUCGCAGUACACAUUCGACGACACCUACUUGGACUGCGUGUCCAGUCACAUGCAGGAAAUGAAACCCUUCGGAGAUGUUCCCCACAAACUCGGCGUACAGUUGCGCAGAUCUUUCGUAGCCACCAGGACGUUUUUCAAAUCUCUAAUGAAGGCUGCGGAAGCUGCCGAAAGAUUGGGCGAAUUGAAAGUGGGGGAGGAAUGUUAUAGAGAGAGUGCGAAAAUGAGGUACUGCGGGGUUUGUAAAGGUGAAGAUGGCGGGGUGCCUUGUUCGAUGUAUUGUAUCGCUACGAUGCAGAAGUGUUUGAGGUACCACACGGAGGUGUCCAAUUAUUGGGAUACUUUGAUUGACGCAAUCGACAAAGUAGGCGACAGACUCCUGGGCCCGUACAACAUCGAAAUAGUCGUUGAACCAUUGAACAUCAAAAUUUCUGAAGCCAUCAUGAACUUCCAAGAAAGCGGUACGGAAGUGUCGAAGAAAAUUUACACGCUCUGUGGCAAACCGACGUUCACCAGACCGAAAAGGAAAGCCGAUUACAAGGACACCGCUCAGGAUAAUCCCACCAUGGAGAUAAAGAUCGAACCCAUGAAGAUACCCGGAAGGAAGAAGCACAAGAAAACGAUGGCGACGAGCGUCGAGAAUCAGUCGACGCCCUUGGAGAAGAUCAUCACUGAUAUCAAACAGAAAAUCAAAGAAACCAAACUGUUCUGGGUGAACCUGCCGUACCAGUACUGCAACAACUUAUCGAUCUUGAACUCCGUCAACGCCACAACUUCGAAUCAGUGCUGGAACGGUACUUCCCCGAACAACGCAUCGUCGUACCAACCGAAAAUCGAACUCACCGACAACACCGUGUUGAACGAGCAAACGUACGUGUUCCAGGGAUUGACUGACAAGCUAAGGAAAGCGCAUCAGGGUCAAGAGGUCGAAAUGAUCGAUGAUACGGAGGAAAUUUUGGAUGGCAGCGGAUCUGGAUCCGGAGAUGGUCUGGAGGAGGAAGAAGAAGGAAAGGUCGAAAUCGACGAAGAAGACAAAGACAUCACCUUCGUGGAACCCAAAGGCAAGCUGGACGAAGACGAUAACCGCGCGUAUCCUACUUCGACGCCAAGUAGUACGCGAGUGCCCGAAGUCGUGAGGACAUCUAGCGGAAACGCCAAUAACACGAACAAUAUGUCGCUUACUAGAGCGUUGAUAGCGUACCUUUUGCCAAUGAUUAUGGCUUGGUUCGGAGGCGCCAUAACAAACUUGCUGUGAUAGUUUUUAUGUAAAUUGAGAGAUAGAUAAUGUUGUAACAACGGUGCUUUCACUAUAAAUUAAAUUGUCAGGCCAACUGACAGGUGUCGUUUUUAUUGACCGACUAAAAUUGUGGUACUAACAAAACGUAAUGUAAAUAGUAUAGACUUUAUUUACUUUUAACUCGUUCCGCAAUUUUAUUUUCUUGACGUAUAAUGUAUUUAAAAACCAAAACAAACGGUGAAAGUACCUGAGAUCAGUUCGUCUGUCUUUUGUUGUACAUAGUUAAAAAUGUUUGUAUAUAGAUAGUGUUGAAUGUGAAUUCGUUAACGGAGGGACCCAAAUUUGCAUUUUUAAAAGAACAAUAUAAAUGUGGCAUUCGUGUUUGAAAGAGAGAAAGACUUGAUGUUGGUCUCUGCGAGCCAAAUAAUUGCACUGAGUGAAAUGAUAUUUUUUAAUAUUUAUGUAAUAUUGUGAUAGUAUUUAUGAGUAAAGAGAAAAUAUUCGUGAU